GAAAUGAGUGACAGCUUCAGAACUUCCGGGAAAGUCCAAACAGGUAGUGGGAGAGUCGGGCUGUACCAUGGCGCUGUCUGAGGCCCAGCUCAAGAAACUGCUCGGGAAGUACAAAUACAGGGACCUCUCAGUGCGGGAAAUUCUCAAUGUCACCGUCCCUCUCUACAGAGACCUCAAGCCCAUCAUGGACUCCUACGUGUUCAACGAUGGCUCCUCCCGGGAGUUGCUGAGUCUGUCCGGUACCAUUCCUGUGCCCUAUAAAGGGAACACAUACAACAUCCCAAUCUGCCUGUGGCUCCUGGACACCUACCCCUUCAACCCCCCCAUCUGUUUUGUCAAGCCCACCAGUACGAUGACCAUCAAAACAGGAAAACACGUUGACGCCAACGGCAAAAUCUAUCUCCCGUAUCUGCACGAGUGGAAACACCCGCCGUCUGAUUUGCUGGGACUCAUCCAAAUCCUCAUUGUUGUUUUCGGAGAAGAACCUCCAGUUUUCUCCCGCUCUACUGCUCCUGCCCCGUACCCCAUGUACCCAGCAACAGGACCCCCAAACAGUUCCUACAUGCCCGGGGUGAUUCCCCCCUACCCACCCGCUGCACAUCCGGCCAAUCCCAGUGGCUACGGAGGGUUCCCAGGGUACCCACCCGCCGGGCAGUACCCCCAGACGUCCGGCCCCCAGAUCUUCCCUCAGCCCCCGGCUGCACAGCCCCCCGUCACUAGUUCUGGCCCCGCCAGGGAUGGCACCAUUGGGGAGGACACAAUCCGCGCGUCUCUCAUAUCGGCGGUCAGUGACAAACUGAGAUGGAGGAUGAAGGAGGAGAUGGACCGGGCCCAGGCCGAGCUCAACGCCCUGAAGCGCACGGAGGAAGACCUGAAGAAGGGCCACCAGAAGCUGGAGGAGAUGGUCACUCGUCUGGAACAGGAAGUGACGGAGGUGGAUAAGAACAUCGAGACCCUGAGGAAGAAGGACGAGGAGCUGGGGGUGGUGGUGGAGAAGAUGGAGAGUCAGUCCGAGUACCGAGACAUCGAUGAAGUGAUCGUCCCCACCGCUCCCCUCUAUAAACAGAUCCUCAAUCUCUACGCCGAGGAGAACGCCAUCGAGGACACCAUCUUCUACCUGGGGGAGGCGCUCCGGCGCGGCGUCAUCGACCUCGAUGUUUUCCUUAAGCACGUCCGGCUCCUGUCCCGCAAGCAGUUCCAGCUCCGCGCCCUCAUGCAGAAGGCCAGGAAGACGGCGGGAUUGAGCGAUCUGUAUUGAAGCCCCGCCCCUUCCCUUUCUCCUCCCCAGACUCUUCCUUCAAACAUUAGAAAUGGGGGUUAACUUAUUCCUAGAGACCCAGUUGGGGCAGCUCGUCUUGUUUGGUGCCCUUGGGCUGAGGACUGAUGGUACCGCCCCCGCGGACUAACAUUACGCCAGUGGGUGGGGCUCCCUUCGGAUCUUGUUCUUCACCAGCAGUAGGUGGGCUCUGUGUGGGAACAGAGGGAAUGCUGGGAAUUCUGUGCCAUGGGUGGGAGGAGCCACUCGUAGCACCAAAUCCCCUGUAUGCUAAUCGGCUGAUUAAUAUUCGAAUUAAAUGGCUACUGAUUCGUUCUG